AUGGGGGAAUUGCAGUAUGCCAUGGCAAUGAUAUUUGCUAUUGAGGAGAUCAACAAUAGCACAGAUAUCCUCCGUGACCUUACACUGGGCUACAGAAUAUAUGGUUCCUGUCCCAGCAUUCCUCUCUCGGUAAAGGCAUCUCUGCUUCUCAUGAACAGGCCAGGAAUGGAGAGAGAAAAUUGCAUAAAAUCUCCCACUGUGCAUGCUGUCAUUGGGGAAACUACUUCCACAGCAACUAUAGGUAUUGCAAAGACCAUGGGUCCAUUUCAUAUACCAGUGAUUAGCCACUCAGCUACCUGUGCAUGUCUUAGCAACAGAAAAGAGUAUCCCUCUUUCUUUAGGACAAUUCCCAAUGAUUAUUACCAGAGCAGAGCACUGGCAAAGCUGGUCAAGUAUUUUGGUUGGACUUGGGUAGGAGCUGUUAGAAGUAGGAGUGACUAUGGAAAUAACGGAAUGGCCAGUUUUCUAGAAGUUGCUGAAAAAGAGGGAGUAUGUAUUGAGUACUCUGUGGCUAUUUACAGGACUGAUUCCAGACAAAAGUUUCUAAAUGUGGUGGAUAUUAUCAAGACAUCCACAUCCAAGGUGAUUGUAGCUUUUGCAGAUGGGAAUGACCUGGACAUCCUCAUGACAGAGCUUUACUAUCAGAAUGUGACUGGAUUUCAGUGGGUUGGAAGUGAAGGAUGGAUCACCUACAGCUACCUAUCCAAUGCCAUGAAUUAUGCGGUGGUUGGUGGUGCAGUAGGUCUUGCUGUACCCAAUGCCAACAUUCCUGGCUUGAAAGAGUUUAUUGAAAGUAGGCGACCCUCUUUAAAACCAGGUAAUACUGGUCUGGUUGAAUUGUGGGAGAGUGUGUUUGACUGUUCUCUAAGCUCACAGUCACAGAAGGCUGAAAAAUCCUGCACCGGUGAGGAGUCUCUUGAGAAUACACAAACACGCUUCACAGAUGUGUCAGAUGCUAGCUUAUUGAACAACAUUUAUAAAGCUGUGUAUGCUGUGGCUUAUGCUGUGGAUAGGCUUUUAGGCUGUCAUGACCAGAAGGGACCAUUUACCAAUGGCACAUGUGCAGACGUAGGAAACAUAGAGCCAUGGCAGGUGCUCCAUUACCUGUCUCAGGUGAACUUUACUACUAAGAAUGGAGAAAUUGUCCGAUUUGACAAGUUGGGUGACCCAGUUGCACGGUAUGCCAUUGUUAAUUGGCAGAGGAAGGAUGAAGGAACCAUAAUAUUUGAGUCCAUUGGCAUGUAUGAUGCAUCUUUGCAAGAUGGCCAGGAGUUUGUAAUUAAUACCAACAGCGCAGUCUGGGCGGGAGACCAGCUCCAGGUUCCUCGGUCUGUAUGUAGUGAAAACUGUCUCCCAGGGACCAGCAGGGCUUUCAUAAAAGGAAAGCCAAUUUGCUGCUUUGACUGCAUCCCCUGUGCAGAUGGGGAGUUUAGCAACACCACAAAUGCAGUGACAUGUCUUCCAUGCCCUCUUGAAUACAAGUCAAAUGGGAACAAGACUCAAUGUGAUCUGAAAAACAUUGAAUUCCUGAACUUUAAUGAACUUAUGGGUAUUCUGCUGAUGGCGUUCUCUUUGUUUGGUGGAUGUCUCACAGUCACAGUUGGGUUCAUUUUCUUUUACUACAGACAGACUCCUAUUGUCAGGGCCAACAACUCUGAGCUGAGCUUCCUGCUGCUUUUCUCUUUGAGUCUGUGUUUCCUCUGUUCACUUACCUUCAUUGGUCAGCCAUCUGAGUGGUCUUGUAUGCUGCGCCACACAGCUUUUGGGAUCACAUUUGUUCUCUGCAUUUCCUGUGUUCUGGGGAAAACAGUAGUUGUGUUAAUGGCCUUCAGAGCUACACUUCCAGGUAGUAAUAUCAUGAAGUGGUUUGGACCUGCACAGCAGAGACUCAGUGUAAUUUCCUUCACUUUCAUUCAGGUCUUCAUUUGUAGUCUUUGGUUGACGAUCUCUCCCCCCUUUCCAUAUAAAAAUGUGCACCACUACAAAGAUAAAAUCAUUUUAGAAUGUCAUGUUGGAUCAGUUUUAGGUUUCUGGGCUGUGCUAGGAUAUAUAGGAAUUCUUGCUUUUUUGUGUUUUAUCUUGGCUUUUCUAGCAAGGAAGCUACCUGAUAACUUUAAUGAAGCCAAAUACAUUACAUUCAGCAUGCUCAUAUUCUGUGUAGUUUGGAUUACAUUUAUUCCAGCUUAUGUCAGCUCUCCUGGAAAGUUUAUUGUAGCUGUGGAAAUAUUUGCCAUUUUAACCUCAAGUUCUGGAUUACUUUUUUGUAUAUUUAUUCCAAAGUGCUACAUAAUUUUACUUAAGCCUGACAAAAACACCAAAAAACAAAUGAUGAAUAAAACACCAUCCAAACCACUCUGAACAAGCUCACACAUAUGGUAGUAGGUAAGGAAACAAACAAACGAAUAAGCACAUGCUCAUUCAUAGAUGCUUGCUACUUUUGAUAUAAAAUGAUAUGUGGAAGUUUUUCACUGGCUAUGAUUUAAAUGUAUGGCGUUCGUUAAAUAAAAUUACGAAUUUGACAAUAAACAUGGAAUCUAAGAAACAGAAAAAAACUCAGUCUGUACUAAACACUAACGCAACAGGAGACAUAUAGUAGUUUGAUUAUCAUUAUAAUUGUUAAUCAUUUUGAAUACAGAAAUCACAUAAAAGUUUACAUUCAGCUCUGUGUGUGUUAUAGUCGCAGAUUACACUCAAACCCUUAAACUCCCCUUUGUUAUCUAUCAGUUAGCAAUGAUAAUGUAAUUACUACCACCAUACACAAAGUAUGCAAAGUUUACAGUAUUGUGACUGACCCCUACUACCCCUCCAGAUCAGGCUGCCCAACACCCUGUUGCUUCCAAACAUCCACCUGAACUGAAUUCUGUGGUUCUAUCAACAUCAGAAAACCACAAUAGAAAUAAAUAAAGUGGAAUAGAGUAGAAUAGAAUAAAGUGGAACCCUUCUUGUCUUUGUGCGCGCGCAUACCAAGACCUUCAACAACGUCAUAUAGUGAAAUUAUGUCAUGUUAUUUCAUAUAAAUACCAUUGUUAUAUGGGCACAAUUCCCUGAAACCUCACCAAGUACUCACCUCCGCUCUGGUUCUAAAUGACAAUGAUAAAACUCUGGGCAGAAACUCAAGGUUCAAUCACUGGACUACUCUAGAGUCAUCAGACCACCAGUACAUGCAAGGAAAGCUUAAAUAGUAACAAUUUACACUGGUCAUCCUAUUCAAAGGUUUACAUACCCCUGGUUCUUAAUGUAUCAUGUCAAGUUCUGACCCUAAAGGUAGCUCUUUUGGCUGGCCCUGACAUCUCUGUUGCCCUGUCCUGCCUUGCCCCUGGAUUAGCCAAAGCCUCUCUAUAUCCUAGGCCGGAUUAUUCCUAAGUGCUUAUGUUUGCUGCCC